GAAAAAUGGCUGCUUGUCUUUCUAUUUUCCUUUUGUUUUUCCACUUACUAAUGUCUUUGAUCUUCACAUCAUCACAUCGUUUGUGCAUUGACUUGAGAGAACCAUUUACCCCAAACACACCUCUAACCUUUUGUUCUCAUUACAAUGGGACCGGUUGUUGUGACGCGGUCAAAGAUUUGCAAUUGCAUAAACAAUUUAAUGCAAUGCAUAUCUCUGAUCCUGUCUGUGCUUCUCUUAUGAAGUCAAUCCUCUGUGCAGCUUGUGAUCCUUUCUCAGCAGAAUUGUUUAAGGUUGAAUCAUUAUCAGAGACUCAAGCGGUUCCUGUUCUUUGUAACACCACUAAAUCUGGCAAACAACUUUGGUCUACAUAA